CAACAUGGCAGCCUGCAUGGUGCCUGUGGAUUACUGCACAGCUUAACGAUUAUUUUCACCUAACCAGCUUCUCAUCACUAAAACAAGCAUAAAGCAUGUUUCAGUUACUCUGCUGCAGAGCCAGCAUCACGGCUCCGGCGCGAUGCAAUAAAACAGCAGACAUAUGGAAACUUUCACGGUGGUAUACAUCCCCACGAUCUCCAGCACACAGCUCCUCACAGCAGCCUGGAAAUGCUGUCAGUCGUGUUUGGAGCCUCACCCAGAGAGCUGUCCGCCACUCCACCACCCGAACAUCCAAACCCCCAGGAGUGGCCCUGAAGUUUAUCCUGGGACCAGCAGUGCUCACUGUGUCUGCUCGGCUGUUCUGCCAUGUGGCUCACUGCGAGGCAGAUGUGAAUAACAACAUCCCGGUGGAAGCUGGAGCCAAAAACUCCGUGCCUGAGUUCAAAUGGCAUAUCCUGUGGGAAUUUGUCAAACCUCAGCUGUUUGCUCUCAUCGGCGCUGUUGUGCUUGCGUUUGGUGCCGCUAUUUUGAAUAUUCAGAUCCCCUUGAUGCUUGGGGAUCUGGUGAAUGUGGUUGCACGUCACCUGAGAGAACAGACUGGGAAUUAUUUCCAGGAGAUAAGACGCCCUGCACUGAAAUUACUUGGACUUUAUGGCAUCCAGGGCCUGCUAACGAGUGGCUACAUCAUCCUGCUUUCAAGGGUGGGAGAGAGAGUGGCAGCAGAUAUGAGGAAGACUCUUUUUGCAUCCUUACUGAGGCAAGAUGUGGCGUUCUUUGAUGCCAAUAAAACCGGGCAGCUUGUGAACCGUUUGACUGCGGACAUACAGGAGUUCAAGUCCUCCUUUAAACUGGUCAUCUCUCAGGGUCUGCGGAGUAUUACACAGACAGUUGGGUGUUUCGUCUCUCUCUAUGUCAUCUCCCCCAAACUCACAGGCUUGACUGUGGUUGUUCUCCCCUGUCUGGUGGGAGCUGGGGCUCUGAUCGGCUCAUUCCUCCGCAAACUAUCCCGUUUGGCUCAAGAACAGGUGGCAAAAGCAACAGGAGUGGCAGAUGAGGCACUUGGCAAUGUGCGGACAGUGAAAGCUUUUGCAAUGGAGGAACGGGAACUCCAGUUAUAUGCAUAUGAGGUCGACAAAUCAUGUGACAUGAAUGAAAAUCUCGGUGCUGGAAUUGCAGUUUUCCAAGGACUGUCAAACGUCGCCUUGAACUGCAUUGUCCUAGGAACUAUUUUUGCCGGAGGGACUUUAAUUUCUAGCAAUGAAAUGUCCCCUGGAGACCUCAUGUCUUUCCUGGUUGCUUCUCAGACUGUUCAGAGGUCAUUGGCCAGUAUCUCUAUCCUAUUUGGACAGAUGGUGAGAGGAUUAAGCUCAGGGGCCCGGGUUUUUGAAUACCUAGCCUUGGUGCCUAGCAUUCCUCUGUCUGGGGGAGGACGCAUCCCGUACCAUUCACUGACAGGAAGAGUGGACUUUAUGAACAUUUCAUUCAGCUAUCCAACAAGACCUGGCCAUCAGAUCUUGACGAAGUUCAGCUUGACGCUGCCUCCUUCUAAAACUGUCGCCCUUGUUGGAGAAUCUGGAGGAGGAAAGUCCACCGUGGCGUCCUUGUUGGAGCGUUUCUACGACCCAACUAGCGGUGUAGUCAUGCUGGACGGACUUGACAUCCGAACACUUGAUCUGUCCUGGCUCAGGGGACAAGUCAUUGGAUUUAUCAAUCAGGAGCCAGUUUUGUUCGGAUCAUCGAUCAUGGACAACAUCCGCUUUGGGAAGCCCGAGGCCACAGAUGCUGAGGUCAUUAAUGCAGCCAAGCAAUCCAAUGCUCACGGCUUCAUCAUAGGUUUCCCAGACGGCUAUAACACUGUGGUUGGUGAGCGAGGUGUGACAUUGUCAGGUGGCCAGAAACAGCGCAUUGCUAUCGCCCGCGCCUUGAUCAAGAACCCCUGCAUCCUGGUGCUGGACGAGGCCACCAGCGCCUUGGAUGCAGAAUCAGAGCGGGUGGUGCAGGAGGCUCUGGACAGGGCCACACGUGGUCGCACUGUGCUUAUCAUCGCCCACCGGCUGAGCACCAUUCAAGGGGCUGACCUCAUCUGUGUCAUGAGCAAUGGUCGCAUCGUGGAGGCUGGGACUCACUUGGAACUGCUGAGCAAAGGAGGACUUUACUCUGAUCUGAUCCGCAGGCAAAGAGCCGAGGGGAAGAAAUGAACACACUAAAUCGUGUUUACUGUAGAUCUACACUGAGUAAUGAAAUGUCUUUUUAAAUGAAUUCAUAGGAAAGGUUUACCUCAACAGAUAAAUUAUGUAAAACAUGUAAUGUAAAUCUACCAGCUCUGCCUAGUUUUACAACAAACUCCAAAAUGUGUGUAUGUAAAUUUAUAAGUGGACCAGCAGGAUCGGCCUGUGAUGAUGAACAAACUACACUACUGUACUGUAUUAAACUUAAAGCUGAGGUAUGCAGUUUUCUGGAAAUGGCAAAAACCAGCAGAAUUUGAAAAUAUACACUCGUCCUGCAGCUCUCCCCUCUCUGUCCUAAGCCCCUUCCACCAGAUCUGCACUCGCUAUAUACGGGAACUCAAGCUGCUGUAGUAACUCAAAUUUAGCCCUGGGUCUAACCUGCAUGAUAGCAGCAACGGAGUCGGUGAGUCGGAGCAGUGUGGUUCCCUGGUGCUGGCUGGGUUCUAGUUGCUGCAGCCGCUGACUUGGGGUCUGUCUCAAAGGCUGCUACCUGCGCUCCUCCCAGCGAGGUGGUCUGUAGCGGCAGGGACAGAGCCCGAGGACACACUGUAGGGGUCAAGGUUUUUUUACACUCACACCCACCCGACCUGCAAACACAUAGGUUAAUCAACAAGCCAAACUUGACCUCAAACUAUCAACUACAUGCAUUAUAGUAGCACAGUGGUCAGGACUGAGACAAGGACAGAGACAGACUGAGCACAGCAGUGUUGAUAAUAAAGCUGCUUGCAUGUGUGUGUGUGAGAGUGAGACAGAGGUAAGGAAGAGAAGGUGGAAGGUGGAUUAUUGCAUUCAGUGUUUCUUUAAGUUGUAAUUUGACUCGCCUGCCCAAAAUUCAUGAUAUUUUCUAGUAAGCUCACCCAAACCUACCCGACCCUCAGGAUGUGGGUUGACCCGCGCAUCACUACUAGCCACAUAAACAUGAACUUGAAUUAGCUGCGGUCUUAAGCCUCUGACUAUGCUUAGCAUUUUCUCUCCGUGCUUCACCGAUAUUGACGUGUUUUAUCUUGCUUGUUGUCAGACUCUCCUCAGACUCUGUCUUCCUUUUAUGGUGUUGCUCUACAGUUCAGACAGUUAUUGGCCUGCUUGAAUUGCAGCUAUUUUUCUUUGGGAUUCUACGCCACUGAAUCAGGGUUUCACCGAAAGAACACAUGCAUGCUUGCAUUUGUAGAACGCGCUCUUCCUGAAAAUGGCCAGAGCCAACAGAAUGUACACAAGUCUUGUUUUCUUUCAGACCACUUUAAUUACAACAUGCUCAAAGGUUAUUCUGGGAAUUUGCCCAGUGACGCCAGAUAACACUGCCUGCCUCAAUUUUAAAUGUGAAUUUCACAACACUGUUUUCUCUUAUUCUGUAUAGAAUGAUCAAUUAUAUUGUGGUAGAAAAAAUAAACUUUGUUUUAAUGAGAA